AUUGUCAUAAUGACAACAAUCAAAUACCAAUCAAACAUUAUUAUUAUAACAUAAACCAAAAAUUCACGUUUAAAAUGAAACUGUUAACUUUACCCAGGGCAUUUUCUAGGAGGAUUUCAACGGGGAAGGUCAUCGAUAAUGUCUGUGGCUGGCCGAAGCCUGAUUAUGGACCUAUGGAGGUGCAGAGGUCUGAGCUGAUGAAUGGGAUACGAGUGGCGGCAGCCAAGCCUAUGGGGUCGUAUAUGGCUGCUUGUACUAUUAUGUUUCAGGCCGGCUCCCGCUACGAGAUCGACGAUCAAAUAGGCGCCACCCACUUUCUACGAGCCAUCUCGUCAUGUACCGGCUGCGCUUACACAGCGUUUGCGAAGAACCGUCAUUUGCAGCAAAAUGGAGCAAGUCUGACUUGCACAUCAGACCGCCAGUCAAUAUCCUACACGCUGCGGUGUCCUCCCACAGUCUACCCUGAGCUCAAGUAUUAUCUUCUUGAUGCUGCUACGAGGUGCUGUUUCUUAAACUGGGAGAUCGAUGACCGACGAGCCCUCAUAAGGGAAGACCUGCACCGCAUUCCACCAGAACAGAGGUUGAUGGAUAUCCUCCAAAGCGUGAUGUGGUGCGGGCCGCUGUCUAAUUCCAUGUUCUGUGUGGAGGAGAGGAUCGACAGCAUGACGGCGGACGCCUUGGAUUGCUUCGUGAAGACCAACUUCAGGACUGACUGCUGUUCGGUGGCCAGUGUCGGAGUCCCCUUCGAGGAGACGCUGAAGUUAGCGGAGAAAAUUGAAGCUAGAAGAGAGCGUCCGGCGCCUCGCUGUCAUAUGCUGUCCUGCGCCCGGAAGGGCUUCGAGUACUACGACCUCGGCCGCUGCAGCGAUACCUAUAUAGCUCUCGGAGUGCCUGGGUGCGGCACCUGCGAUAUCACAAACUUGUUGAAGCACGCGAUAAUCGCGGCGGCUUGCGGCGUGGGCCCCUUGGCGAUGGGGCAACACAGCACGGACAACACCCCACAGCCCCCACUGGGCAUGAUGGUGGGUGGUGACCCCCACACUUUCUAUAAGGCGUUCAACAUCUCGUACGCGGAAACCGGUAUCUUUGGAAUCGUAGCAAAAUCCCGCGCCAGUGUCGCGCGCAUGGUGACGCAGGGCGCGGCUGAGUUCCUUGCCAACGUCGGCGAGCUCAACUUCAAACAGAUCGACAUCGGCAAGAAGAGGCUCAAAGUAAACAUGUGCCUCAACGACAACAACUGCGUCAAUUCAUCUGAAAGCCUAGCGCUGCAGCUCGCCAAUAGCGUUCAGUUGGACAACUGCGCGUGUACCCUCGGCUUGAUCGAGUCUAUAUCCAAUGAUGAGAUCUGCUGCACGGCUAGAAGGCUCUCUCAUCUCAGUCCCUGUACGGCUGUGGCUGUGGUUGGUGAUAUUGGAGAAGUGCCUCACGAUCAGUUUCUAGUCCAUAGAAUAUAGAUAUACUUACUGAAAUAUAAUUUUCUUGUAACAUAA